GGAGCGGCGCCUCCCUCCCUCCCUGCCCUCAGCAGCCGGGCUGAAGCUGCCUCACAAAAUGGCGCCGCCCCAUCUCGGGAUGCGCCCGGAGUAAAGAUGGCGGCGGAGGCGUCUCCUUCCCUUCCUGUCCCUUCCCUAUGGCGCUCGGGGGCGAUGGCGGCUGGCAGCGCCGUGUGGCUGGGCGACCAGGUGGAGCGGGUGCUGUGCCCCUACGACAGCCAUCACCGGGUGCCCCGGGCGUCGCUGGAGAGGCAUGCGGCGUCCUGCCGCCUCCGCAAGAUGGGAUACUCCGACCAGGAGCAGGCUGAGAUGUACGACUCCAGCUUCUUCUACGAAAACCUGAAGGUGCCCAGCGUUGCGAUGGAUAAAGAUCUCCAGUUUCGUAUUGUUCAGCAAGCUAAAGCUCAAAGUGUGAAAGAAGGCAUAGGCUACAGUGAAGGAUCUUAUUCAUCACUGCCUGUAGAAGUUCCUCAAAAUCAUAAGCGUUACACUUGUGACCUGACUCAAGCUGACCGCCUUGCUCUUUAUGAUUAUGUUGUUGAGGAAACAAAGAAACAGAUGUCGAAGUCGCAAAUCACAGAAAAUGACAGCGAUCUCUUUGUGGAUUUAGCAGCAAAGAUCACCCAAGAUGACAGUCAGAAAGGUCCAAAGUCCCAUCUUGAAAUUCUGGCUGAAAUGCGAGACUACAAACGGCGACGGCAAUCGUACAGGGCUAAGAACGUUCACAUCACAAAGAAGUCUUACACUGAGGUGAUUCGGGAUGUGAUUGGUGUACAUAUGGAAGAACUCAGCAGUCAGUGGCAGGAAGAGAAUAGGCUAGAUAAUGCAGAGAUGUGUGAAGGAGGAAAGACAAAAUCUUCAGGAAGAAGGGAAGACAGACGGUCAGCUUCAGUGGACUCGCGGCAGUCUGGAGGAAGCUCUAAGGACGCUGAACGCACCAGACACAGGAGAGAGACCAGCAGGAGUCCAAGUAAAAGAAAAAGGAGUCGUGAACGAGGCAAAGACAGAGAGUCACGGAGAAAAAGAGAGAGGGAAGAAGACAAAUACCACAGCCAUAAAAGAAGGAAGUAGGACCAAGAACGUAAUGAUUUUGUUUGCCAGCUGUUCAAAGAAUUACUUGCACAGAACAUACUGCUACUUGUGUUGUGCCAGGGCCAGUAAUUCUGUGAACAUAAUACUGGUGUUGCUUCACAGCUGUGUUCGGAGACAAAAUGAAAUAGUGUUCAGAGGUUGUCAGGAUGGAAGCAGUGUAUGCCAGAAACUGUGUAAAUGUGUAAGACUAAUGUAUCUAUUAAUAAAUUAUAUUGAUCUCGUCUAUUUGAGUUUA